UAUAUCACUACUAUCAUGGUCACCGUUGUAACUUGUUGCUAUAUAGUAAAUAGUUGUAGCCACUGUCUUGUAGCCAGGCUUCGAGUAUUUUUCUAUGGUAGUCACAAUAUAUCAGACCAAAAAAAUUACAUAUAAAGAAGAGCUAUUUUUAAAUAAAGAGAUUUCAGUAUUCCAUAACAUUUUCAUUCGCUUAUUCAAUAUUCAGUGCGUCUUAUGAGACACACGACAAAAGAUAUAAAUCAGUAUUCAGUAUUACUAUCAAUAUUUCAAUUUUGCUAUUUGAAUUUCGUCAUUCGUAACACUCGUAACGAUUUAAGCUCACCAUUCCAACUUCCAAACAUGAAUACACCACGUUUGAAAAAAGAAAUAAGCCGAUUACUUGACAAACCUCCUUUUGGUAUAAAGGUGAAUGUAAAAGAAGGAUCAACCUCUGUUUUAGAAGCUGAACUCCACGGACCAAAAGAUUCUCCAUAUGAAAAUGGAAUUUUCAAAUUGCAGAUAGAAGUGUCAGCAAACUAUCCAUUUGAACCUCCUAGAGUGACAUUCAUAACACCUGUUUAUCAUCCAAACAUAGACAGCGGUGGCAGAAUUUGUUUGGACAUAUUGAAAAUGCCUCCAUCUGGUGCAUGGAAACCAUUGAUAAACAUUGAAGGCGUAUUGGUUGCCAUAUGCAAUCUAAUGAACUGUCCAAAUCCUAAUGAUCCACUCGUACUGGAUAUUGCAAAAGAAUUUAAGAAUGAUAAAGAAACAUUUGAAUCCAAAGCUAAACACUUUACCAAAGAACAUGCUAUUAUAGCCCCUGAAUGAGUAUACUUUAGUUUAAUAAUUAUUUCUAAUAUUUUUAUAUUCUUUUUUUACGAGUUAAAUCUUUACUGUCCUUUAGCCAACUAAACUACUGCCAAGUAAAUUUCUAACUUAUAGUUGUACACUUUUUUUAAAUUCAUUAUUUAUUGUAUUUUAAAAUGUGUUGGUUAAGAACUAAAAUCACUGAAAGAAGUUAAUUAAAAUAUUUUAAAGGAUUAUCAUAACCUAUUUACAAACUAUUAUAAUUUUAUACUUUUACCUAUUAUUUAUUGAGUUAUUAUUAAUGCUAUAUCUUUUAAAUUAGUUAGUUUAUAAAAGGCAAAUGUGUAAUAAAAAACAACUCUAAAAUGCACUAACAUUUUACAAAAAAAACAAUAAUGGAUAUAAUCUAUUAUCUUUAAAUAAUUUAAAUUUCAGACUAAAGGCCUCCACUGGUUGGUUCUUCCCUCAAGUCAUCUCAUUAUAAUUAAAAAUUUUAGUGAUCAAUAUGGUUUUCAGUCAGGUUGAUGCUUUAGUUCAAGCAGAUAAUUAUAUUAGGGAAAAUUUAGAUAACAAUGAUAGAGUAAUCGUUAUGGACAUCUUUAUCGAUCCAAAAAAAAGCAUUCGAUUUAGUAAACCAUUGUAUUUAAAUUUUUAAUAUGAAAAGCAUG